UUUUGUUUCUCUUUAAGCGAAAUUUUCUGUUGAACUUAAAUUCCAAGUAAGAAGUAAGAAACAACAUGGGGGAUGUGCGUCCGUUGCAAUACGAUAUCAAGUGGGACACGUGGAACGACAUGCCCAUCACAGACAUUCACUUCAAGAAUUAUGAGCUCGCCAUCGAGUUUAUGUGGGAGAAUUCGUUUCUGCAGAGCAUCGUAUUCGAGGGUCUGGGUCUGCACGACCUGACGGAGAUGAAGCCCAUCUAUCACGACUAUUGUAUGCAUAUCUUGCGUAAUGAAUGCUCGGUUAUGAUGCUCGACGAAACGGAAACGAAGAUUCUGGCAGUGGCUCUGCUCGAAUGGAUGACCGACGCAUGGCAUUCCUGGGUAUUUCUGCCCGCCUUUGUGGGCAAAGGACUCUUUCAGCGUCUUAUCGAAUUAAAGGGAGACCUAAUGGCCGCCACCAAGAGGAGCCUACAGAUGGAGACCUUUGAUAGCCUGAUGGUGCAUGAGAUUGGCUUCCCAGCCGACUUGUAUGAGGAUCAAGAUUUCCAGAUGUGCAUCUACGAUGUGUUUGGCAUGGUCGCUCAGCACAUGCACAUGCCGCGUGUCUGCUUCAUAGCGCUCACCACCAAGGAUCAGUAUACCGCCGAGCUGGCUGACUAUAUGGAAAUCGGCAGAUCCAUCUAUUCCAUUUAUAAGGUCGACAAUAAUCGGCCAUUCGACUGUCUGCGCGACCUCGACGAGAUGUAUGCUCUGCUCUAUAUGUUGCCUCUGACUCCGAUUCGCAAUUACCUGGAGUGGCCUGGCUUCGAGGCCUUCCACGAGGCGCUUCUGGCUCAAGAGCGAAGGGAAAGAGAGGAAGAGCUAAUGAAGCAAAAUGAGGCGUGACACUAUUACCUACC